AUAUUUGAUAUGGGUGGCGUGGCUGCCAUUGACAACACUGGCAUCGGAAUGCUAUUUGAAGUCUAUAGGAUGCUUGGCAAGAAGAUGAUCCAGAUGGCAAUAACAAAUCCAAGGGGGCAAGUGGUGGAGAAGCUGAUGGCAGCUGGUUUCAUUGAUGUUGUUGGAAAGGAAUGGAUAUUUCUUUCCAUCCAAGACGCCGUAUCAGGAUGCAAUUUUGCUCUUGAAGAAGGUAAUAAGAGGAAUGGGAAGCAAGAGCAUGCUUAGCUUCUUCAUUUUCGUUAUGCUGAUGCUGUGACUUACUUCACA